AUGCCGAAUAGAAGUGAGACGUGUUCACCCUGUCAUAGCCAAAUUGCUCAGCUCAGCUCGCCACAGCAGCAGCAACAGUUGCCAUCGCAUUGUGUGAAGAGGGUUUUUAAUUCAAAUACAAUCAAAAAACCCUACAUAAGUGAUUCUAAAAAGCCUAGCAACCCCUGUGAAGCGCAUUUAAUUGCGGCCACCGCCGAAAUCGAAGCGCUGAAGCAAGCUCUCCUCGGAAAGCAUAAUCAAAUUGUUGCCAUGGAAGCGGCAUGCAUGCAGGAAACCGAGCGUCAAGUCGAAUUGGAGGAUAGUGUCAUUGCGUGGCAAGACAAAUACGAUCGUUUGUAUGAAUCGCAUAAGCGCGUGCAAAAGGUGAAUCAGAGCUUGGAGGACAAGCUGUUGAAAUUGGUGGAUCGGAACACUGGCGAGAAAGCGCAAUUGACCAGCGAUGUGGCUACACUGAGUGUACGCUUAGCACAGGCGAAUUUCAACAUAGCCAAACUGCAGCGGGAAAUUGUGAGUUGA